UACAUAUGAGCAGGAAGUAGGGAAAGCAUGAAUGGGAAGCUGUGACUGGGCAAGAAGUUUCUGGGUGCAGUAGAAAUGUAGGUAGAUUUAGGGUUAGGUAGUAGCUCUCGGGAACAUAUCCCUGCCCAUAAGAUCCUGAAGGUCCCUCCAUUUUGACUAUCAAAGGGACAUUAGAACUUGUUCCCGACUCAGUGUCAGCCAGCAAGAAGUGCCUGGGGGGCUAUACCCAUCAGGAACCCACAGUCCAGCAGAACAGUAGUGGAGCCAAGUGACCUAGGUCUACUGUGGACCACCUGACAGUUGCCUGCCUAUCUGCCUUCCUCUUCACCUCCUUCUCACUCACUGACAUCUACCAUUGCCUUGGAAAUCAAGAAACCCAAUCCAUCUAGAUGAUUGAUUUUGAUGAUGUGGCUGCUGUAAAUCCAGAACUUUUACAGCUUCUUCCCUUACACCCGAAGAUCAGUCUGCCCUUGCAAGAGAAUGUAACUGUCCAGAAACAAAAACGCAGAUCAGUCAACUCCAAAAUUCCUGCUCCCAAGGAAGGUUUUCGAGGCCGCUCCACUCGCAUGUCCACAGUCCCAGAGGCUCGCACCACCACUCAGGAGAAUGAUAUGGAGGUGGAGCCAUCUGCACCGGUAAACUCCCGCAAGCACUUUUCAGUUUCCGCCGGCCCCCCUAGGAUUUCCUGCCCUACAUCGGCUGAGAUACCACUGACGAUGGUCAGCGAGGAGGUGGAAGAGCAAGGCCAUUCCAUCCGAGGAACCACUUCUGCAAACCCUGUGAACUCAGUUCGGAGGAAAUCAUGUAUUGUGAAGGAAAUGGAAAAAAUGAAGAACAAGAGAGAAGAGAAGAGGGCCCAAAACUCUGAAAUGAGAAUAAAACGAGCUCAGGAGUAUGACAGCAGCUUUCCCAACUGGGAAUUUGCCCGGAUGAUUAAAGAAUUUCGGACUACCUUGGAAUGUCAUCCACUUACUGUGACUGAUCCUAUUGAAGAGCAUAGGAUAUGCGUCUGUGUUAGAAAACGUCCACUGAAUAAACAAGAGUUGGCCAAGAAAGAAAUUGAUGUGAUUUCCAUUCCUAGCAAGUGUCUCCUCUUGGUACAUGAGCCCAAAUUAAAAGUGGACUUAACAAAGUAUCUGGAAAACCAAGCAUUCUGUUUUGAUUUUGCAUUUGAUGAAACAGCUUCAAAUGAAGUUGUCUACAGGUUCACAGCAAGGCCACUGGUACAGACAAUUUUUGAAGGGGGAAAAGCAACCUGUUUUGCAUAUGGCCAGACCGGAAGUGGCAAGACACAUACUAUGGGUGGUGACCUCUCUGGGAAAGCCCUGAAUUCAUCCAAGGGGAUCUACGCGAUGGCGUCUCGGGAUGUCUUCCUCCUGAAGAACCAGCCCCGCUACCGGAACCUAGGCCUGGAAGUCUAUGUGACAUUCUUUGAGAUCUAUAAUGGGAAGCUGUUCGACUUGCUUAAUAAGAAGGCCAAGCUGCGUGUGCUGGAGGAUGGCAAGCAGCAGGUGCAGGUGGUGGGGCUGCAGGAGCACCUGGUUAACUGUGCUGAUGAUGUCAUCAAGAUGAUCGACAUGGGCAGUGCCUGCAGGACCUCUGGGCAGACAUUUGCAAAUUCCAACUCUUCGCGCUCCCACGCCUGCUUCCAGAUUCUUCUUCGAGCCAAAGGGAGAGUGCAUGGCAAGUUCUCUUUGGUGGAUUUGGCAGGGAAUGAACGAGGAGCAGACACUUCUAGUGCUGACCGGCAGACUCGCAUGGAGGGUGCAGAAAUCAACAAAAGCCUCCUCGCCCUGAAGGAGUGCAUCAGGGCCCUGGGACAGAACAAGGCCCACACCCCAUUCCGAGAGAGCAAGCUGACACAGGUGCUGCGGGACUCCUUUAUUGGGGAGAACUCAAGGACCUGCAUGAUCGCCAUGAUCUCACCGGGCAUAAGUUCCUGUGAAUAUACGUUAAACACACUGAGAUAUGCAGACAGGGUCAAGGAGCUGAGCCCCCACAGUGGGUCCGUUGGGGAGCAGCCAACUCAAAUGGAAACAGAAGAGAUGGAAGCCAGCUCUAAUGGGUCCCUGAUCACAGGCAAUUUCUCCAAAGAAGAAGAGGAACUGUCUUCCCAAAUGUCCAGCUUUAAUGAAGCCAUGACUCAGAUCAGGGAGCUGGAGGACAGGGCCAUGGAGGAACUCAAGGAGAUUAUACAGCAAGGACCAGACUGGCUCGAGCUCUCUGAGAUGACUGAGCAGCCAGACUAUGACCUGGAGACCUUUGUGAACAAAGCAGAGUUUGCCCUGGCCCAGCAGGCCAAGCACUUCUCAGCUCUGCAAGAUGUAAUCAAGGCCUUGCGCCUGGCCAUGCAGCUGGAAGAGCAGGCCAGCAAACAAAUAAGCAGCAAGAAACGGCACCAGUGACAACUACAAAUAAAGAUCUGUUUGGCUUCACACCUAGCCUCUACCCCUUCCCACCUCCCCAGCGAACUUUGGGUAGGGGUGGUCUGGUCAGGGUCCAAGCAGGGAGCGUCUGAGCCCAGGGCACCUGGGGAGGGCAUCAGAGUGACAGGGGAUACUACUUUUCUUCAGUUGUGCCCUCGGGCGGAAGGAUGAUGAGGGAGUUGUUAGUUAUCCUGUGUUACCCUUCUCUCCAAGAGGGAAGAGUCUCUGGUGUAUCUGGUGUAGUUUUCCCUGGUGCAGCAUUCUGCCUGCACAGACUGGCUGCUGAUGGCAGGAACCAUGGGGUUGUCUUGGCUCUGGGGAGAGAGGAGCCUCUAGUUCAACUCUCUGUGGGCUCUGUCUUGCCUACCGCACCCUUGACCUUGGAACUAAAAUGUCUUGUACUUUUAAAAAAGUCUCUGGGACCUCUUCCUUGCUAUUUUCUGAAGCCCAAGAGGAUCCCUGCUGUUUUGUGUUUACACAUUAUGUCUAAGAAUAAAGUAAGUAAAAAAAAACAACCUUUU